AUGAUUUUAAACAUUGUUAAUCAUUUAAGAGAUAUAUUCAAACAAUUUAGAAGCGAGGAAGAGCAGAUUUCCCUAAGUAGAAAAGCAUUUUUUCAAAUGGUCGGCUAUGUGGGUAGUUGUAUGGUAAUAUCAUUAUUAGUACAAAAAGAAAUGAUCUGA